AUGGCACCUGCAACCAGAAAGCCUCGGCUGGUCAUCAUGGGGUCCAGAGAGUACCACAUCCAAGACUUUGUCGCCGACUACCAGCACGAGUUUGAGUAUUCCGUCCUCGACGCUCAAAACCGCCAGGAAGCACUCGCCAAACUACCGCAGGACGUGGCGCAGAACGGCCCGAUAGACGCCUUCAUCAUCCGCGUGGGGACCAGCGAGUUCGAGCCGUUUGACGAGGAGCUCCUGGGCCCGCUGGCGCCCAGCUGCAAGAUCAUCGCGUCGGCGUCGGCGGGCCACGACGAGUUCGACGUCGACUGGAUGACGCGCAGCGGCAUGUGGUUCUGCAACACGCGCGACGCCGUGGCCGAGGCGACGGCCGACAUGGCCAUGUUCCUGACGCUGGCGGUGCUCCGGGACGCGCACCGCGCCGAGCGAGGCGCCCGGUCGGGCUCGUGGAAGGCCGGCCUCGUGCCCGCGCGCGACCCGUCCGGCUCGACCCUGGGCAUCGUCGGCAUGGGCACCAUCGGCAAGCACCUCGCCCGCAAGGCGGCGGCCUUCAACAUGCCCGUGCGGUACUACAGCCGCCGCCGGCUGGCGCCCGCCGAGGAGGCCAGGCACGCCGCGACCUACUGCCCCACGCUCGAGCGGCUCCUGUCCGAGUCGGACGUGGUGUCCGUCAACUGUCCGCUGACUGAGGCCACGACGAAUCUCAUUUCCCACAGGGAGGUCGGGCUGAUGAGGGACGGCGCCUUUCUGGUCAACACGGCGCGUGGUGCCAUUGUGGACGAGGAGGCGCUCAUCCAGGGGCUGGAGAGCGGCAAGAUCACGCGCGCGGGGCUGGAUGUGUUUGUCAACGAGCCGGACAUCAACGACUACUUUAGGACCAGCGACAGGGUCAUUUGCCAGCCGCACAUGGGGGCCGUGACGACGGAGGCGUUUAGGAGGGGAGAGAGGGAGUGUUUGGAGAACCUGCGGGCCUUUUUUCGGACAGGGAGGCCGCUGGCGCCUGUGAAUGAGAUUGCUGCCGUCGCUGCCAAGUAG